CUUGCGGAAGCAGAGCGUGGAAUGUUGGUACAUUGUUGUUGUUUUUUGUAGUGAAUAUUCAGUCCGAGGAUCCGUGAGCUGGACGCUUCACGCCGGUCGGGUCGAGUUACUCCGCCGCGCGGGUCGGAAAACCUACUCCGCCACUGUUUUACGGAUCACGGUCCACAAAUACCCGAGUCCACAGAGUGACAUAUUGGCGCGCGCAGGUGGGAUUGUGUUGGAGCGCGCGCGCCACAUGUCACGCAGGACGCGGUUCUGAUCCCGGUUCCGAGAGUUGAUGUUGACUUUGUGGACCGUUUCAGUCGCGUGGACACGUGUUGUGUUCGAGGGACGCAAAGCCCCCCAAAAAGAGCCGCGCUCUCGGCUUGGAUUGGUCGCGUGGGGGAAGAAAAAAAAAAUGUGUCUUCUGUGAGAUUCUGGCCAGUUGUCUGCAUGCAGGGAAUGACGACUAAUUUCAAGACGAGCAAAGAUUUAAAGGUCAAGAAGGAGCUGGGUGAGAAUGCCCCGGUGGUCAGCGACGACGAGUUGGUGGCCAUGACCGUGCGGGAGCUCAACCUGCACCUGCGCGGGCUGACCAAGGAUGACGUCGCCAAGCUGAAGCAGCGGCGGCGGACCCUGAAGAACCGCGGCUACGCCGCCAGCUGCCGCGUCAAACGCGUCACCCAGAAGGAGGAGCUGGAGCGACAGAAGAUGGAGCUGCAGCGCGAGGUGGACAAGCUGGCCCGCGAGAACGCCAGCAUGAAGCUGGAGCUCGACGCCCUGCGAGCCAAGUACGAGGCCCUGCAGUGCUUCGCCCGCUCCGUGACCCGCGGGCCCCUCUCGCCGGGCAAGGUGGCUACCACCAGUGUCAUCACCAUCGUCAAGUCCUCCAACCACAACAACGCCAGCCCCACCCCGUUCUCAACCCUCGCCUAGUGGGUUCUGGGUCUGGGCUCUCCUUCCUUCCCCGGGUUCGGACCCCAGCCUGAACCCACUCAUCCUGUACUGAGAGGACGCUCAGGAGUUAGACUGAGGGAUGAGAUAAGGGGGGGGGGGGGCUCUAUGUGCGUUAUGCUGCAUUCACAAAUCUGUCUGUCUCCUUUUGUCUUUAUUACGCAAUCUACACUGUCUGUGCACUGUGCAAGCUGCUCGCCCCCCCCCCCCCCCCCCCCCCAGCAGAGUUCUGGGCAUCGGCGACCACGUCAAACAUGACUAAGCAGAGAUUGGGCUGCCGUUAAGCAUACAUGAAGCACUUGAGUAGUACCUAUGAGGCGGUAAAGCUGAUGCCAAAAGGACAUUUCCCUCCAAGUACAAGGGUCUCGAUGUCAAUUGAGCCUUUGAAGCUGCCUUAAAGUGAUCGAUACAGAUGUGUAUAGAUUACGUGCAUGUGGUUUGACACAGAGGAUUUAUUGUUCCAGCGUUGAGGUCAGGUGGAAAACCUCUUCACAGCUUCAGUUGCCAGCGGUCUCCCAACCAGAUGCCUUUUUUCAAAAAGAGCCAGCCAAACAACAGAUGUGUCCACUGAUUAGCUCCUCUAAGCAGUUCAGGCACCUGUUGGAGGCACCUGUUGGAGGCCCCUCACGGCACUCCGGGGUCCGUCAAGAGCACUGCAUUAUGCAGAUUGAAGACUGACCAACUUUCGACUGAAGGCCUCUUACUCGUGAUGUGCUGUUGUUCGUAUUUGUUGUCCGUGUCGGCAUUAUUUAGGAGUUGUGAGGUGUUUGAAAAGUUAAAAAAACUCUAAUUGGCCAAAUUUUAAAUGCAAGCCUUUGCUAGGACUUGUGUUAUAUUAGAAAAGAUGGCCAUUUAUGCCAUUUUUUCUUCUUUUUUUUUAACCUUAAAUGUGCCUUUGCUAGAGCUCAUUCAUGCAACGCUUGAGGAAUCGUUGGAUUUGUCCGAGGGGCUGAAAAGCGUCGUUUCAGACAUGGGAGGUUCUUCUGGUAUCUUUGUGGCCCUUUGACGACAGAACGUAGUCACAACUGCUGCUCUAAUAUUUUUUUUUAAAGCAAAAGAGGUGAAUACUUGUUUUAUAUAGAUUGGAAAUGCCAUUUAAUUAAAACGGGCAGAUUUGGGAAGAGUACGAUGUGGAAUUCGAACAAGAUGAAUGAGCAUUUGUUCGGAUUCAGAAGAUCCGACUUCAGCCAUCUUCUGCCCCCGUAGAGCACUAAAGGAACCGUUAGGAUGCGGUUGAAAAAAAAAAAAAAAAAUCCUCGAAUUAGAGUUCGCAGACAGAAGGCAAUCUUGCAUUUCUGAAGUUAGCCGGGCUCAAUCGCAUCGUGAUGAUAAAACGUGGUGCGAGGUCGAGCCUCACGUACCUCGGGACGGUGGACUCCGAUACGUAUGCCACAGCACUUACUGGGUUCUGGUGUGCAUCUUUCCCCCCACGCGCCGCUCUUUGGUAGGUAAUCCAUAUUGGAUGCAGUCAUAACGAGAGUGGUCCUUACAAGUGAAAUGCAAUUCAACUUUCUUCCUGUAUAUUACAGACUACCGAACUGAUGAAGCUCCCACUGCCUCCUUUUUGUUGCUUUACGUCGACAACUCCCGUCCAAAUAAGAAAUCAUUCCAACUGCCGGGUCACGAGAAGUGCUGUGGCCGGCGUCGGCGACUCUGAAACAGGAGUAACGCUUUUUGACACGCUCUUCUGCAAGAGAACUCCCGACGGCCAUCUCUAGAAAUGGUGAUGUCACGACAACUAAAUGCAUUAAACUCCUUCCUCCCGUUGCGAGAUAUCUAAAUAUGAAAUUCACGCUUUUUAAUUUUUUUUUUUUUUUACAGGGGAUCCAUUCCUAAUUUGGAGUGAAGUCAAUAUAGAUUGUUCAUGUCAGGAUUUAAUCUUGGCUAAGAGGACAUGAUUUUUUUUUUUAUCCCUUGUUCCACAGCUGCGAGGAACAGCUGGGGGACGAUGCUGCUGUACAACCUGCUGCCAUUUGUUAGCAGGAGCAAUGCUGCGUUCUCACUUUUUGUAUUUUCACUUUGUUUCUACAUUGGUUCAUCCCAUGUUCUUUUCCUGAUAGUUUUGUAUGCAUAUACAGUAUAAAAUAUAUAUAUAUUAGAGAUUUUUCUAUAUUUAUGUCUUCGACUAACCUGGGAGUGGUGUGAUUAUGUAAUCAGUCAAUCUAUGUUGACGCUGACCUUUUUCUAAAUAAGUUGUAUUCACAAUGACAAAACUAUUUUCAUAACUUUAAUCACAUUUGUCUCGUCAUCGGACCGUGACCGAAGUUAAAUAGAGGCUGCAGCUAAUUAUCUGGAAGUCAAUAAUUAACAGUUAAAAUAAACAAGGAAAUGACAUUCUGACUGCAAGUUCUCCGACACAUUAGUUACUUCAUAACUUGUACAUCUAUUAUAGUAUUUUUAUGAACAUUGUUGGGCCAUUAGAUAAAGAAUAAAUGAAAACAUUUAUUCAGAAAAAUAAAUAAUCUAUAAACAUAAUCUGCAUAGUCUGUUGUUGUAGAUGAUGUAACGCUUUUAUAACCUCUAAAAAAAAACAUCCCGGAAAAUAAUUCCAAAGCUGCUAAAAAAAAUGUCCACUCUUUGUGUCAAGAUAGUCUGAAGAAUAUAUGCAUCGAUAAAUACAUACUACAUGUUUGAAUGAGUCAAUUUACAAGACAAUACUGCUCGAAGCAUUAGUGAGCUCUUGUGGUAAAGUAUCAAAACUAAAUGCUGUAAAUUUAGGCAUUUGUAUAUUUAAGCCCAUAUUGCUGUAUUCAGAUCCAAGGUUGAUGCAUUCAGGCAGCACAUUUUUUAAAUAAUAUAAACUGUAGGAAGUAUACUAUUCCGUCCCGUAAUAAAAAGACAAAACCUC